AUGACAAAUUUCAAGGAUCGAAAGAAGAACAUUUUGAUUGUUCUUGGUUGCAUGAAUUUUGACCUUGCAUUUUGGAUUGAGGAAUCCACCCCUUUUACGAAAGAAAGUUCACCCGAUGAAAAGAAGAACUUUGAAAAGUGGGAUCACUCGAAUCGUACGAGUCUAAUGAUCAUUAAGCAUGGCAUUUUAGAAGUCUUUAGAGGUGUAGAAUCCGAAGGGUAUAAAGGCAAGGAGAACAUAAGAGAGUACAUCAUGGAGAUGUUUCACAUUGCUUCUAAACUUAAAGGGCUAAAGCUUGAGCUAUCUGAUGACUUGCUCGUACAUUUGAUAUUGAUUUCGCUUCUUGCACAGUUUAGUCAAUUUUAG